AUGACCAUCAGUUCAAAUGUUAUUAUGUUUGCCGUUAUUGUGAUGCUAUUUUUGUUGGUUUCAACAGGAAUAGAAAAUGGACAUGCUCAAACAUCGAAUCAUUAUUGUAAGAAAACACGAAGCAAAUUGGCCUCACAUGACACUUGUACAAAGAAAAAUGGUGAUGCGUUGUGCAAAACGUCUUGCAAACAUGAAUAUAUAACCAAUGGAAGUUGUCUAAUACUUCCAAAGACGACAAAAAAAGAUUGCUAUUGCUACCAUUUCGAUGAUGGAUCCAAAUGCUCAGGUGUCUAA